AUGGCUUCAAAGCGCGCUUGCGACUGCUGCAGCAUCCGCAAGGUCAAAUGCAACGGCCAGCAGCCAUGCGAGCGUUGUUCGCAGCAUCUUCUGGACUGCACCUACCUACGAGUGCGCCGGAAGAGUGGCCCAAACCGCUUGAGACACUCAUCACUCUCCAAGAUCUUGAAGCAUCAGCGAUCAUCAUCGGCCCACCCGCAAGGCCAAGGCGAGCCCCAAGCCCUAUACAGUCCGUCUGCACAAGAUGCCUCGGGCCUCAACCCCCUUCGACCGCCUGUUACACUGUCAGCAUUGCGGCGUGUGUUGUGCAUUUACCAAAACCAGCUAUAUGGGAUAUGGCCGCUGCUGAAUGCAGAUGAGCUCAUCGUACAGCUGGAGAACAAUCCCACUAAUCCGGAAAUCCUCACGUUGGCUGCUGCAUUAUGUGCAGCUACUCUAUCCCACCUGAACCAAACUGUCUGCGAUGACGCCGAAUCCAACACACGGAACUCCCCUGAUAUUCUGACUGCGAACUCAUUUGCUCAACAAGCCCGACAAUUGCGAUCGACCUUUGACUUCACGGAACAUGUCACUCCCAACUCUGUCCUCACCUCCUACUUCCUUCACAUAUACUACGGGCGAGAACUGGCGCGCGAAAAUACCGCCGCAUUUUAUAUUCGUGAGGCUAUCACUUUCGCCAAUCUCCUGGAUAUGCAUAUUGAGUCGACCUAUCUUAACCCGCAGUGGACUGUCCGGGAGCGGCAUACCAUGCGCAAGCUGUAUUUCCUCCUUAUGAUGACGGAGCGAUUCUUGUGCAUCCGGUAUGGCCUACCUACUGUAUUGGAACCAAUUGCAUUACCCUCAAUUGAGAAUGAGGAUUACCCAACCCUGGUCUCCGGAUUUAUCAAUCUUAUCGCGCUGUUCUAUACUCCCGGCAACGAAUUCUUCCUUAAGUGGACCGCGCAAGGUGCAGGGGCCUCACUAAGCAGUAAACAGCUCCUCCUUAUCCAGCGCGAGUUAGAACUCCCAGCGGAUAUUCCCUGUUGCGUGAAUGAUAUCCAGAGAGUAGACAUCAUUGCCACACAGCACUGGAUGCGGUCACUUGCCUGGAAACUGUCCAUCCAAUGUGGCUACAUUACGCCACAGGCACAGUCGACCUGCCGUGAGAUGAGCCUUUCAUACCCUGUGCAGAUCGCGCUGGACGCGCUGGCCAGUCUAGUACCUAUCUCACUCACAGCUUUCGAGGUCCACGGACCUGGUAUGGAAUCGAAAAUAUACGAAAUCACAGACACGUUAGCAGACUCCAUAUUAUGCGAAAAGCCGAUCGAAAUUGUAUCUGGCAUGCAGGUGGGGCCGCGUGAAACGCUCAAAGGCCUGAGCGACUUGCUGUUCUCGACUACGGCCCUGAACCUGGAAUUACGGGAUUCUCUACUUCACAAAUUGGAGCGUGUUUUCGAAUCCGCUUCGAUACCUGUCGUGAAAGAAUAUGUGGAUAUCGAGGAUGAUACAAUUUACCUUGCAGAAGAUAGUGAAGGGUAUCUACUCGGUGAAGUUUCUUCACUUCUCACUUCUAAUUCUGCGGCAGUCAUCGCAAGUAGUGAAGAAAUUGCCUUUCAUGUGGUGUGA